AUGAACACUUUCACUCUUCCAGCUCAAAACUGGAUAAUUCCUAUUAUCCAUCAAUGCCAGGUAUCGAGAUAUCUCUGGCUCUCAUUGGACAAUACCGGGGAAGGACUUACUCUUGGAGUUAUUCCGUUUGAGAGGGGACGAGGAGCGAUCUCCAUUCCCAAUCUCUUUGACAGGACUGCAAGAGGAUCUGAGGACGUGAACCGGAUUUGGAGCACAGAUCGUUCGAAUAUGGCAGUGGCCAUCGCAACGAAACGAUCAUUCGCUACUAUGGAGGAAGACAAAGUUGCAACCGGUAGUCGCCCUGUUGAUGAAAGAGAACCAUCCGCGAACCCGGAUUCAUCGAAGAGCAGCAGAGUUGAUAGAGAGGAUUCAACACAUCUGACUGAUACCCAGGCCCUGUUCUCUGGUCAUUCAGCAGAAGCAAGACAAAACUCGAGCGAGCCAUCUAAAUCCUCUCCAUGUACGCCUGCCGCUACUUUGCUACCAAUUGAUAAGCACCGUAAUUUCAAGCUACAUGCUUCCAUCGCAUUGAUUGGCUUGCGCGGUACUGGAAAGUCAACAUUGGCUGUGAUCGCGUCAAUGGCAUGUCGACGGCGUGUCAUUGAAAUUGACAGCCUAUUCGAGCAAGCAACUGGCUUUUCAACGGCAAAAUAUCGCAAGCAGUUCGGUGCUGCUAAUCACAACCUGCGGCAGGAUGAACUGCUACGUAGCGCUUUGCACACAUACGACACGGGUGCGAUUAUUGUUUGCAACGGUGGCUCGCUGGAAAGAAAUGGCCAACUCCUGAUGCAAGAGUUUGCCAAAACGCAUCCAGUAGUACACGUGGUGCGAGAUCUUCACAGUGUACAUGGCUACCUAGAGGGGGUUGAUCUUCAACGACUCAAAGAUAUGAUGGCAUUUAGCGCACCGAUCCUACGGCGCUGCUCCAACUACGAGUUCUACAACCUCUCCGAGACAACAAGCGUAGCCGCUUCAGAUACUCCUUCCGACCAGCCGCCACCACCCGCAUUUCUCACACUUCAAAAGACACAGCGGACUUUCCUAAAAUUCCUGUCGCUCAUCAUUCCCCGAAAGAGCAGCACGAGUGGAUCGGUUGGACCGUCUGUACCUCCUUUGGAGCCUGGCUACCCACUUUCAGAUGUAGCCACUGAGCUCAGAAAGUACACUUAUGCCGUUCAGGUUCCCCUGGAUGAACUGUCGGUCGACAAGGUCGAUAUUAGCCGUUUGGAGUACGGUUGCGAUGUCUUCGAAAUCGUCGUUGAUCCCAUACGACAUGGACUCGCAGCAAACAUUGAUGUUUUGAGCAGGGCGAUGUCAAGAGUCAGACGAAGCACCAUUGUACCAAUCGUCUGUCACGUAUUGCCGACAUCCAAUGUUAGUGAGAACCGGGCGUCAUAUCUCGAAUAUGUACAACACGGCCUCAGAUUGGCGCCAGAAUAUGCCACUGUUGAUCUUUCUCUAAACCACGAGACAAUUGCGGGAAUAUUAGCAGCGAAAGGCCCAACGAAGAUGAUAGGAUGUCUACACACUACUAAAUCUUGGGAAGACUCCUUCUGGGUCACACAUUACGAGCACGCGAUUCACUUGGGCUGUGCAGCCGUCCGCUUCUCUCGCCCAAGCGAUUCCAUAGACGACGACGAUUCCAUCCAAAACUUUAGAUCGCGCAUCUCGAAGCGCGAAGACCAGAUACCAUUGGUGUGCUUCAAUACCGGACAGGCUGGUCGACGUUCACAAUGUUUCAAUCGCCAUCUCACGCCCGUACUACCAGAAAGAAAAGAUUGCCACGAGGAUACAUCACCGACGGCAUGGCUCACGGCCAGGGAAAUAACAAAAGCGCUCUAUGCUUCCUUUACCUUUGAUCCCAUGCAGCUCUACAUCAUCGGUGCUAGCCUCGAGUACACCGUUUCGCCCGCCAUGCACAACGCUGCGUACGAAUCCUGCGGCAUGCCCCACCAAUUCCAUCGGAUCUCGACGACCUCAUCAUUGAGCAGUCUGCGCGAGCUCAUCAAGAACCCGAAUUUCGGCGGCUCAAUUGUUAUUCAGCCGUACAAGGUGGAAGUCAUGUCGCUCGCAGACGCACUCAGUCAACAUGCCCGAGCCAUUGGCGCCGUGAACACCCUGAUACCAGUCCGCCAUGUCAAACCCGAUGGCAGCGUUCCCGAUAGCCUUGAACUCUUCCACGAGCGCUGCCAGGCCGGUCCCAUACGCGCCCUUUACGGAGACAACACCGAAUGGAUCGGCAUACGAUCCUGCGUCCGACGCGGCCUCUCACCCGCCAACGCAGUGCGAGCCAGCAGCACGGCGCUCAUCAUUGGCGCCGGCGGAAUGGCCAGAGCAGCCGUUUACGCGCUCUUGCAACUCGGUAUCCGCCACAUCCUUAUCUUCAACCGGACCUACGCCAGAGCUCAGCACCUCGUCUCCCAUUUCUCCCGCUUCGUCUCUACUCCGCCGUCAGAUCACCCGCCCCCUGUCCCGCCCAACCUCGACUUCAAAGCAACUUUCCACAUCCUCCCCUCUCGCGAUACCCCCUGGCCCGACACCCUCAGCCCCCCCACCAUCAUCCUCUCCUGUAUCCCCACGGACCCCAUCGACGGCAGUCCCGCCGCCCAGUUCACGCUGCCCCCUCACUGGAUGACAAGUCCCACGGGCGGCGUGGUCAUGGAAACAGCGUACAAGACGCUGGACACGCCGCUCGCCCAACAGGUCCGCGACGCCCCGUCCAGGCUGUGGACGUACAUGGACGGCUUGGACUUUUUGCCCGAGCAGGCGUUUGCCCAGUUUGAGCUGUUUACGGGGAGGCGGGCGCCGAGGCGGGUUAUGCGCGAGGAGGUGUUGAGGGCGUGGAGGGAUGAGCAGGGGAAUGCGGAUGGGGAGAUGGUGGGGAGGUUGGAGGCUGUUGCGGGGAGGGAGCCAUGA